AUGCUGAAAGACAAUCCAAAAUGGUUUCACUUCAUUGAUCUUUCAAGCUUUCUUGUUGCGUUUCUUGUAAGCAGUUCUGCGGAUCUGAAUUCAGAUCGUUUGAAGAUGUUUUGGCGUAUGACCGGUUUGUCCACUGUAUCUCCGGUGGACACAAUCUUGGAUCAGGAAAACUUUACACUAGAGGAGCUUCUUGAGGAGGAAGAAAUAAUCCAAGAAUGCAGAGCUCUUAAUAGCCGACUUAUCAAUUUCUUGAGGGAAAGGACUCAAAUUGAACAGCUUUUGAGGUACAUAGUGGAAGAAGCUCCUGAGGAUGCUGCAAAAGGACGUGCUUUUAAGUACCCGUUUAUUGCUUGUGAGAUAUUUACCUGUGAAGUUGAUAUCAUACUCAAAACCUUGGUAGAGGACGAGGAGUUGAUGAACUUGUUGUUUUCCUUCUUGGAACCAGAACACCCUCAUUGUACCCUACUGGCUGGUUACUUUAGUAAGGUUGUUGCAUGCCUAUUGUUGCGGAAAUCGGCUCCUUUAAUCAACUACAUUCAAGCACAUCCAGACAUUAUCCAAAAGCUGGUUGAUCUAGUAGGAAUUACAUCAAUCAUGGAGGUGCUUAUUCGUCUAAUUGGUGCUGAUGAAAAUCUCUACACCAGUUUUGCAGACUCAACACAGUGGUUAGAAGACAUUGAUGUGCUAAAAAUGAUUGUUGAUAAAUUCAGUUCUUCAGAUUCUCCUCAAGUGCAUGCGAAUGCAGCAGAGACACUUUGUGCUAUAAGUAGAUAUGCUUCCCCAGUUUUAGCUGCUAAAAUAUCCAGUCCAAGUUUCAUAGCAAGAUUAUUUCAUCAUGCAUUGGGGGAAUCAAGGCCAAAAUCGGUUUUAGUGAAUGCAUUGUGUGUAUGUAUAUGUUUGUUAGAUCCAAAUAGACAAACAUCUGCAACAUCUUACUUCUAUAAUCGACAAUUGAUUCAUAAUUCAUCAGUAACAACAAAUCCAGAGAUUGUGGAAGGCAUGUUGGAGAGCUUAGGGAAUUUGUCAAAGCUGUUGGAAGUUUCAACAGACGAAAAAGUUUUACUAACAACAUAUGGCAAGUUGCAACCACCUCUUGGGAAACAUCGCCUUAAGAUUGUUGAGUUCAUCUCAGUGCUAAUGAGUGUUAGAAGUGAAGCUGCAGAGAAUGAGUUGGUUCGCCUUGGUGUUUUAAGACGUAUUUUGGAAUUAUUUUUUCAGUAUCCAUACAAUAACUUCAUUCAUCACCAUGCUGAACAGAUUAUAGUUUGUUGCCUUGAGAGCAAGAAUGCUUCACUGGUUGAACACAUUCUUGAGGACUGUAAUCUUGUCAGGAACAUUAUUGAUGCUGAGGGGAACAGUGCAUCCAAUACUGACAAAAAGAUUGAUAUGCCAACAGUCCUUGCUGAAGGAAGAGUGCCACCUAGGAUAGGGAAUGUUGGACACAUGACACGCAUAGCCAACAAACUCAUCCAAUUAGGGACUCAUAACACCUAUAUACAGGCACAUUUGCAGAAUAAUAGUGAAUGGGUAGAGUGGCAUGCAAAUGUACUUGAGGGACGCAAUGCACUUGAAAAUGUCUUACAGUGGGAAUGCGGGAGACCUACACCACUUCAUGAUCCAAGUAGGGAUAGUGAUGAUGAUGAUUACCAUGAUAAAGAUUAUGAUGUGGCAACUUUAACCAAUAAUCUAAGCCAGGCGUUUGGGUACGGUUUUUAUGAAAAUGCUGAUAGCAACGAGGCUCAUGGCUCAAUGGAAGGAGAUGAUGAGGAUGUGUAUUUUGAUGAUGAAUCUGCUGAAGUAGUCAUAUCUUCACUUCAAUUGGGAGAUGACCAAGAAAGGGGAUCUCUUUUUACAAAUUCGAAUUGGUUUACUGCGGAUGAAGAGGUGGUUUCCGAAUCAUCAACUAAUGCCACCUCACCUCCACCUCCACCCACCACCGAGGCGGCCCCUGGCGGCAAUGAUGGCGGUUUCACACCGGAAAACAAUGAUGACUUGUCAGACACCGCCACGAGUUCAACCAAUGAUUCAAGACCCAGUGAGACCGAUAAACCACCGGAACAGGUUGACCGGAAAGAUUCCGGCGAACCAGGUGGCACCACCACCACCACCGCCACCGACCCUGCCAGAACAUAUCCGUUGAGCAGUGAACCUGAACCACCAAAGGUAGAGACUAGUGAUAGGGGAGAUGAAAGGGAGGCUUCAUCUUCCACUGCCGCCGAUGAAGUGGCGGCAGAGGGUGGCGGGCCGCCACAUUCUGAAACACAUACCGAUGGUGAAGAGCAAAAGUAAAUACUGUAAAUUUUGAUUUUUUGGUUUUGGUGGGGUUGAGUUUUACUAAAAAUGUAUUUUUGAGAUUAGUUUUGGUGUACAUUGUUAACGAAAUAGGGAUGACAAUUCUUUACCCUUGUCUUAGGUUUUUUUUUACUAAAUUGACGGAUGGUCGAGGGGUAUACUAGUCUUUUCUUAAGAAGAGGGUUUUUUGAUAUGUCAAA